UUAUUUCCCUUUAAGAUGGAACUUUCAAAACACUGUUUGAAGCAUCCUUUAUCCCUUGAUUUACUUAAAUGUAUUUAUUAUAACAAUUCAUUAUGAUUUUAAACUUGUGAUCAAAUUUUUAAAAAUCCCUAACAUUUUUAUGCGCUUCAAGUAUCGAUUAGUUCGUUAUGCCAGUGUUUCAGCAAUAGUGUUUUGAAAUUUAAUAACAAUAUUUUGAUAGCCUUUUAUCCAAGUAAAAUAGUCUCCCAUCUUACAUUUAGGAAGAGCUGUCAUAUAUUUUGCUUUUAUGUGGACAACUGACAUAUUAGACUUUUGUCUCUCUGCAGUUCUAGGCUUUUCCUCAGAAGAAGAAUUUGAAGAUUACAUUAAGCAAAAAAAGAACUCUGAAAAUGUUCUGGCUGCUAUUGUGUUUGACCAUGAUUUCAAAAAUAGCAAUGAUCCCCUGCCACUGAAGGUAAAAUAUUACCUGCGUUUUAGUAAUGACAAGAAGAGCAAUAUGCUGGACAAUAUUUAUGGAAAAAGCAGCUGGCUUACAAAUUUUCUCUUUCCGUCUGUCCCUUCGGUGGGACCCAGAAACAAGGAUGACAAUGGGGGGAGUCCUGGGUACAUCAGUGAAGGGUUCCUGUUUGUGCAACACGCCCUGGAUAAAGCCAUCAUGCGAUAUCAUAGCGGCCAAGCGGCAGAAACGCUGUUUAGCAAUGUCAGCGUUUUUGUUCAGAGAUUUCCCUAUCCAUCAUACUAUCAUGAUUUCUUCUUUAUGUUUUCUGGCAUUUUCAUUCCUUUAGUACUUGUCUGUAUCUUCUUUCUGAAUCAUCUUACCCUCAUUCAAUCCCUUGUGUGGGAAAAGGAAAAUCGAUUGAAGGUAACUCCUCUUUUCUUGCGGUAGAUGAAGCUUCUGUAGAAAAGUCUGAAUGUAGGGGGCAAAUUUAUGUGGAAGGUUGAAUGAUUUCUACCUACUCAACACUGAUGGAUGGUUGUGUUUCAGGAGCAGGCAAGUACUGAGCACUUAGGCUUCUUGGCAAUAUCAUAUAACUCUGUUUUUAUUAGAAUUCUAGGUAUGCUUUUUCAUUUUAGUUCUAGAUGUCGACUUUACAAGAAUAUUACAGUUAGAAUUUAAAUGCCAAAUCCCCUAAAGUCUCUCUGGAAUAAACUAAUAAUCAGUUGGACUCUUGGAAUCAUAUUUAAUAAAAUUCAGAUACAAUUCGAUUCCAAUAUUCUAUGAUGCUGUGGU